UAAAUCGUUCCUCCCACGCCGUUGAAGACCCGGCAAUUCACCUUAAUUCUCCUCUUUUCCCGGCUACAGUACACUCUGCCCCUACUACUAUUACUACAAUUUCUCUAUUUGAAAUAUACAAACAAAUAAAGGUCAAAACUAACAAACUUUUUUUUCUCUCUUUUCCCCCUAUAUAACUUCCCCCUCUCAUUUUCGUUCCCUCCCCCUUUUUCUUCUUCUUCUUCUUUCUCUCUUUCAUAUUCCAAUUAAACUUCAUUUUAUUUUAUUUUCCAUGGAAAAAGAUUACUUCAUCAACGGUGCAAUUCCUAAUCCACCCCUCCAAUUUGAACCACCCACUAUGCAAUUCCCUUCUUGGAACUCCCUACAUUGGGAUCAUUCUGCUGAUCAAUUUAACCAAUUUGACUCAACUUUGAACUCAUUAGUAAACAACAAUUUACCAAAUCAUCCUUACAUUGGGAACAAUAAUAGUAAUAAUACUAAUACGCCUGUUAACUCUCCACCUAAGUUACACAUACCCAAUUUGGUAAAUUCACUUCCUCCUCCAUUACCAGCUCUUUCAACUGAUCCUGGUUUUGCACAAAGAGCUGCUAAAUUUUCUUGUUUUGGUAGCCGUAGUUUUAACGGUAGAACGAGCCCGUUACCGUUAGAAUUGUCACAUAGAUCUGCUCAACCAUUGGGAAAUGGAAAAUUGCCUAGAGUUUCGAGUAGCCCUUCUCUCAAGCAAGGUGGAUCGCCUUUACAAAUCAAGAAUUCGGGUCAAACCCGUAUGGAAAUUAUGUCAGGCAAAAUAUCUGGACAGGCCACUAAUUUUAUUGAGUCCCUUUCAGAGCCAAGUGGAGAAACAGGGUCGAAACCUCCAACAACUGAACUGAAUAAUUCUAGGAAAAGAAAAACUGUUUCAAGAGGGAAAACAAAAGAAGAUUCACCUAUGGGAGGUGAAGCUGAUGAUAGUGCAAGAGCAAAGCGAUGUAAACAAGUGGAAGGUAAUAAUGGGACUGAAAAUGGAACAGUUAUCAUGGAAGAAUCAAAGGAAAAUGAGGAAAAUCAAAAGGCUCCUGAUCCAUUAAAGGAUUAUAUUCAUGUUAGAGCAAGAAGAGGACAAGCUACUGAUAGCCAUAGUUUAGCAGAAAGGGUGCGAAGAGAGAAGAUUAGUGAAAGGAUGAAGCUUUUACAAGAUCUUGUACCAGGGUGUAAUAAGGUGACAGGAAAAGCACUAAUGCUUGACGAAAUAAUAAAUUAUGUACAGUCACUCCAACGACAAGUCGAGUUUCUAUCCAUGAAGUUGAGUUCAGUGAACCCAAGUUUGGAUGAUAUAUGUCAACCAAAUGGCUCUCUGCCCCAACCUGUUUUUUCAGUAGAUAAAACAUCAUCUGCUUUACCUUCUUACCAACAUAACGAUAUUCCAAAUGGGGCAUUAAGUCAAUGCUCAGUGGAGACUUCACUAUGCCGCAGCCUAGGAAUGCAAUUACCUCCUCUUGAUGGAUUUGCUGAUUAUCUUAAUCAGUUCCCUACAAUGUGUGAGGAUGAUCUGCAAAGCAUUGUGCAGAUGGGAUUUAACCAAAAUAGCAACAAAGAUCUGACACUACAAUCACAAGGUUUUCCUGGGCCUCAUGAAACGUCUCACAUGAAAAUUGAGAUGUAAAAGCCCCGCCCCUGCAGAAGAAAGAGGCUGUUGUGUAUAUAGGAAGAGAUUUUUAGUUUAAUCUUCUUCAGAAAUUACUAAUUCAUAAUAUUAGAUUUAGUUUUGAGGAUUGACUUCCCUAGUAGUCCUCCUAAUGUAUAAUUGAUUUCGGUUUACUAAUUUUUGCUUUGGUAAGUCAUGAGUAUUUAUUGUAAUAUAAUCUUAAGAUCGAACAGUCAUUUGGGUGUAAAGUCGUAACAGCACAUGUAAGAUAAGUAUUAUAUUUCUUUGUAAAUCAAUGAGAAAUUGAGAUGUUAUUAUGAGC